CAAAAAUCUUGUUUUUUUUUUAUAAUUUGAUAUGUGUACUUUUCUUAGAAAUUGUUUUUUCUUUUGUGUAUUUUCUUUUGACCCUUGUAAGUUGGUGUCUUUAUGUUUGUUUAGCAAAAUAAAUGGAGUCAGCUGACUGUUUAUAUGUUUUGUUUUUCAUAAAGAUCACUCUUUUAUGCAUUUUCUUGAAAUGUUAAUAGAUAAAAAUAGGUUGGUUUGUCAUUUUCUUGGAGGGUUUGUGUUUCAUUUUUAGUUUUGUUUGGUCUGAUGUUAAUGUAGAGAACAAUCAAUGGAGUCAACAGAUGUAGCAGUCUUUGAAAACCAACACCUCUCUGCUGACCCUUUGCCUUUUGCAAGAAGUUAUCAGUUGGAAGCCCUUGAGAUUGCAUUAAAGCAGAACACAAUUGUUUACUUGGAGACUGGUUCUGGAAAGACCUUGAUUGCUAUCAUGCUUCUUAGAAGCUAUGCUUCCCUUCUUCGUAAACCGUCGCCUUACAUAGCUGUUUUCUUGGUUCCGACUGUUGUUCUAGUGACUCAGCAAGGAGAUGCUCUGAUGUUGCAUACCGACUUAAAAGUGGGCAAAUAUUGGGGAGAAAAGGGUGUUGAUUACUGGAAUGCUGCUACAUGGCAACAACUAGUGGACGAUCAUGAGGUACUUGUUAUGACACCAGCAAUAUUACAUGCUGCUUUGAGGCACAGUUUUUUACAAAUGGGCAUGAUAAAAGUUAUAAUAUUUGACGAGUGUCACAAUGCACGAGGCAAGCACCCCUAUGCCAGUAUAAUGAUGGAAUUUUAUCAUCGCCAGUUGACUCGUGAGAAUGCACAACUUCCAAGAAUAUUUGGGAUGACUGCUUCCCCUAUAAAGUCUAAAGGUUCUAGCACGGCAGAUAGUUAUUGGCAAAAGAUUCGUGACCUCGAGAAUCUCAUGCAUUCCAAGGUAUACACGUGUAGCAGUGAAUCUGUUCUGGCGGAUUAUAUCCCAUUUUCAAAUCCGAAGCUGAAAAUAUAUGAACAUGUGGAUAUUCCUUCCAAAUUGUUUCAGACAUUAGUUCAUGACCUGGAAAGGUUGAAAGAAAAGCAUGAAUGUUUGAUUUCACAGUCAAAUCUGUCUUUUAUGAGAGAUGGAUCUGCAAGAAGACGUUUAUCAAAACUUCAUUCGAAUUUCUUAUUUUGUUUGAGUGAGAUGGGUGCUUGGCUGGCUUUCAAGUCCUGUGAAGAAAAUGAUUUCCUUUCAUCGGACGAUGCAUGUGUUAGAGAUUUCUGUUUGGGUGCAUCUACGAUUUUCUCGGCUCACUUACCUUCUGGACCACAUUGGUCAAUUGGAAAGGAUAUUCAGGCAAAUGUGGAUGCUGGAUAUUUGUCAUCCAAAGUUAAUUGUCUUCUAGAGUCUCUUCUCGAGUACAGGGACCGGAAGGAUUUGAGAUGCAUCAUAUUUGUUGAGAGAAUUAUUACAGCCAUUGUUCUUCGGUCUCUAUUGAAUGAGUUGUUUCUGGAACGAAGUGGUUGGAGAACUGAGGUCACAACAGGGCGUAUUACUACGUUCAAACAAAAUAAAAUUGUUGAAGAAUUUCGAAAGGGGUUGGUGAACAUUAUUGUAGCGACAUCGAUUCUUGAAGAGGGCUUGGAUGUUCGAAGUUGCAACCUUGUCAUUAGAUUUGAUCCCUCAACUACUGUUUGUAGCUUUAUACAAUCACGUGGAAGAGCUCGAAUGCAAAACUCCGACUUCAUUCUGAUGGUCAGGAAAGGAGAUGAUGCAACCCUUACUCGCAUGCAAAACUAUAAAGCUAGUGUGGAGAUAAUGCGGCAAGAAUCAUUACGCCAUGCUUCUAUUCCGUGUUCAACUCUACAUGAUGAAUUGUAUGAUGAAUGCUACAAAGUUGAAAGCACAGGAGCAGUUGUCACCCUCAGUUCUAGCGUGUCAUUGUUAGACUUCUAUUGCUCAAGGCUACCGUCGGAUGGGUACUUUAAACCCGAUCCUACAUAUGUGAUUAAUGAGGAAACAGAAACCUGCACGCUACAACUUCCCAAAAGCUCGCCACUGCAAGGAAUUAUUAGCGUACAGGGGAAGAGAAAAAUAUUGAAGCAACUUGCAUGCCUUGAAGCUUGUAAACAACUUCAUCGUGUGGGUGCCUUGACUGACAAUCUUGUUCCUGAUAUCGUGGAGGAAGAAACCAUCAACAAAGAAUUGGAAUGUAAAAUAAAAAUUGUUGAACAAUCAUUAUACUAUCCAUCAGAAUUUGUUAGUCAUUGCGGGAAUGAGUCAGAAGCAGUGUACUACUGCUACCUAGUUGAGUUGCCACAUGACUCUUACAACGAUUCCCAGCUUCAUGGGAUUAUACUUGCUGUUAGGACAAAGCUCAAGUUUGAUGAUGAAAUAUUGGCAUUUGACUUGGAUGUUGAUAGGAGGGGACGCUUGAAAGUUCAACUUAAUUAUAGGAAAGUUGUUAUAUUUACUUCUGAAGAGGUGAGAUGGUUUUUAUCAUCUUUUUACUCGUUACCUGUAAAAAUGGUAUGGGGACGCUUGAAAGUUCAACUUAAUUAUAGGAAAGUUGUUAUAUUUACUUCUGAAGAGGUGAGAUGGUUUUUAUCAUCUUUUUACUCGUUACCUGUAAAAAUGGUUGGUGAACUCCACCUUUUUGAUCUAUCUCUUCAGAUUCGACGGUGUCAAAGAUUUCAAGUGAGUGUCUUCAGAAUUCUUCGUGACCCCGAUCUAAGUAAACUGCAGGAAGUUUUGGCUGCUGUUCAAUCACCUAUUGGUUCUGCAGUAUCCGAUUAUCUGUUGCUCCCAUCUGUGGGUACACCCCCCGAAAUAAAUUGGCAAUAUGUGAAUUCUUUGCUGUUUCCGUCUCAAGUUCUUGGGGAUAAGCAUAUGGAUUGGUGUUCUACUCAAGGUCGCAGAUGCAGUGUGAACACCAUAAGUGAGGUGGUAUGUAGCUGCAUGUUGGAGAACUCAUUGGUAUGUACACCUCAUAAUGGACGUAUAUACUGCAUAAACGGUUUUUUGGAGAAUUUGGAUUGCAACUCAUUAAUGGGUGUGAGAAGUGAAGAAUCUAUUACCUACAGAGAACACUACAGAAAGCGGUAUGGGAUCAACAUAUGCUCUGAAGAAGUACCACUUCUUAGGGGAAAACAUAUUUCUAAGGAAGCUAAAGAUUCAUCUGUUGCAUUGCCUCCUGAACUUUGUUCCCUCAUCAUGUCACCUCUCUUUAUAUCUACCCUUAAUACCUAUUCAUAUGUUCCUUCGAUUAUGCAUCGGAUUGAGUCCUUGAUUAUGGCCUCAAACUUGAAAAAAAUGCAUUUGGAUCACUGCACACAAAAUGUUGUUAUUCCAACUGCUAAGAUUUUGGAAGCAAUGACAACGAAGAAUUGUCUCGAGAAGUUUCAUUUGGAAUCACUUGAGACACUUGGAGACUCCUUUCUCAAAUAUGCUGCCAGUAUAAAGCUGUUCAAGACUUAUGAAAAUGAUCAUCAAGGUCUUCUCACCGUUAAGAGAAAACAAAUCAUUUCCAACGCUACACUAUGCAGGCUUGGAUGUGCUCGUAAAAUGCCGGGAUUUAUCCGUAAUAAACCAUUCGUUCUUAAAGCAUGGAUUAUUCCUGGUGAUAAUUCUCAAGUUCACAACUUCGACGAAGAGCUACUAACGUCCUCAGUUAAAAUGUAUAGUAGGGGAAAACAGAAGAUUAAAAGUAAGAUAAUGGCUGAUGUGGUCGAGGCACUAAUAGGUGCCUACCUCAGCUCGGGUGGGGAAGUAGCGGCUUUGUCAUUUAUGAAAUGGCUUGGAGUGGACAUCAAUUUUGUUGAUGCACCUACGUCAAGGCACUUACCCGUGAAUGCAGAGAAGCUAGUUAACGUCAGAUACUUGGAAUCCCUGCUACAUUACAAGUUCAAUGAUCCUUCUCUGCUUGUUGAAGCGCUAAGUCAUGGAUCUUGCAUGCUACCUGACAUUCCACGAUGCUAUAAGCGCUUGGAAUUUCUCGGAGAUGCAGUGCUAGAUUACGUUGUUACAACACAUCUCUAUUUCAAAUAUCCGGGACUAACUCCAGGACUUAUUACUGAUUUGAGGUCUGCCUCUGUAAACAAUGAAUGUUAUGCUCUAUCUGCAGUUAAGGCUGGCCUGCACGAUCACAUUCUUUAUGACCUGCAAGUUCUGCAAAGGCAUAUAUCUAGUACUGUCGAGGAUUUCAAGAAAUUGAACCUUGUGUCCACAUUCGGAUGGGAGGCUGAAACUACUUACCCGAAGGUGCUUGCAGAUGUUAUCGAGUCCCUUGCUGGUGCGAUAUUUGUUGAUUCUGGUUUCAACCAAGACACUACAUUUCUGUGCAUACGACCUCUUUUGGAACCGUUGAUUACACCUCAGACGCUAAAAGUCCAUCCAGCAAGAGAGUUACGCGAACUAUGUCACCAGAAAGGUUAUAUAAAGCAGAAGAAUGUCGUCUUUCGUGAGAAUGGUAUAGUAUAUGUUACAGUAGAGGUUGAAGCAAAUGGUGUUAUUCACAAGGACUCGAACUCGGGACGAAACCAAAAAAUGGCUGAGAAGGUGGCUAGCAAAUAUUUGCUCAAGUCUCUCAAAGAAUAUCCAUACAAUCCAUAGCAGUAUAAUUGUUUCUUUCUGCUACUACAGUGACAGAACUCUUUAAGAGAUUUGUUUUGAUUCUCACUAUCGUAGGUGGUAUGCAGAUAUUCUCCGUCAUAUUUCUGGGACAUUGGUGUCCUUUCCGUUCAAAAUCUAGAGCAUAUAUACCUUUUACUCUGACGGAUGACUGAAUAGGAGCACAUGGCACAAUCUUAUUCGUCGAUUCGAUAUUUAAUAAGAGUCGAAUCGGCUGAUAAGAUUAUGACACGUGUAUGUCCGUUAAUAUAAAAAAUAUAUAUGCUUUAGUUUUUAGACAGUCUAAAGUAUGAUGGAGAAUAUAUGAAUACCAUUUAUGAUAGUUCAGAAUAUAUGUACUAUUGUAAUUGUUAUUGAUAAAAAUGCUCAUUUUAUGUAUCAAUAGUUUUAUUGUAAUGUUCUAUUGGA